CUCACGUUUAAUUUUUUUUUUCGUCGUCGUCUCUCUCUCUCGCGCUCUGUAAAGUUAUUAUCUUUCUUAUUCGCUUUGGGCAAAUUGCACCCAAGAAAGCAAACAGGAAUCAAAGGUUCGGAUCCUCCUCUGCGAUUCGGCACGGAAUUGAAGAAUCGAAGAAUGUUAGAACAGCUAUUGAUCUUCACACGAGGAGGACUAAUCCUCUGGACAUGCAAGGAGCUCGGCAACGCUCUCAAAGGCUCACCCAUCGACACUCUGAUCCGCUCCUGUCUCCUCGAGGAGCGAUCCGGCGAAGUCUCCUUCAACUACGAGUCCUACACUCUCAAGUGGACCUUCCACAACGACCUCGGCCUCGUCUUCGUCGCCGUCUAUCAGCGGAUCCUCCACCUGCUCUACGUGGACGACCUGCUUUCCAUGGUCAAGGAGAGCUUCUCCGAGAUCUAUGAUCCUAAACGGAUGAGUUACGAUGAUUUCGAUGAGAGGUUUAGGCAGCUUAGGGAGGAAGCUGAGGCCCGUGGGGAGGAGCUGAGGAAGGUGAAGCCUGUGAGCAGUGUUAAGAAGCAAGGGCAGGUGUCAAAGUCUGGUCUUGAUGGAGGAAAGAAGAGUGGUGGAUCGAAGAAGGAUGAUGGAGAUGGGAAUAAAGAUAAAGUCGGUAGCUUGAUGAUGACUAAUGGUCACUCCAAUGGGAAUCAUAAGAUGGAAGAUGACGCUGACAAGACUGAUCUUGCUAACGGGAAAGAGAACACGGCUGAUAAUGUUGUACUUGAUCCGAGUAAGCUUAUGAAGCUGAGGAGCAAAGGUGUGAGGGGUAGAGGGGGUUUGAGGAAAACUGACAGUAUAGGUAAUAAAAGUUCCAAGGUUACUGCUGCGGAACCGCCGAAGAAGGCGACCAAGAAGAAUAGGGUUUGGGAUGAUGCGGCUCCUAAACAAGUGAAGUUGGACUUUACGGACUCCGUUGAUGAGAGUGGGAACGGUGAUCAUGUGGAUGUUGUGGCUGCUGACCAAGGAGAGAGUAUGAUGGACAAGGAAGAGGUUUUUAGCAGUGAUGGUGAAAGUGAAGAUGGUGAUGAUGAUGACGAACCAAGAAGUGAUGAGAAACCUGAGGCUAAGAAGAAGGGAUGGUUUUCUUCGGUUUUCCAGAGUAUUACUGGGAAGGCGAAUCUUGAAAGGACAGACCUUGAACCUGCCUUGAAAGCUCUGAAGGAGCGGCUGAUGACCAAGAAUGUGGCUGAAGAGAUAGCUGAGAAGCUUUGUGAAUCGGUGGAAGCAAGUCUUGAAGGAAAGAAGUUGGCAUCGUUCACGAGGAUCUCCUCAACCGUUCAGGGAGCAAUGGAGGAUGCUCUGAUUCGCAUAUUGACUCCGAGACGCUCCAUUGAUAUAAUGAGAGACGUUCAUGCUGAAGAACAGAGGAGGCCUUAUGUGGUCGUGUUUGUUGGAGUCAACGGAGUUGGGAAAUCCACCAAUCUUGCCAAAGUUGCGUAUUGGCUUCAGCAGCAUAAGGUCAGUGUAAUGAUGGCUGCUUGUGACACAUUCCGUUCUGGUGCUGUUGAGCAGUUGAGGACUCAUGCUCGUAGGUUACAGAUACCGAUCUUUGAGAAGGGUUAUGAGAAGGAUCCAGCAGUAGUUGCAAAGGAAGCCAUACAGGAAGCAACCCGGAACGGAUCGGAUGUUGUUCUUGUUGACACAGCUGGUCGGAUGCAGGAUAAUGAACCUUUGAUGAGAGCUCUCUCAAAGCUCAUUAACCUCAAUAAACCAGACCUGGUCUUGUUUGUCGGUGAAGCUCUUGUUGGAAACGAUGCAGUUGAUCAGCUCUCAAAGUUUAAUCAGAAACUUUCGGAUCUCUCCAAUUCUGGGACCACAAGAUUGAUUGAUGGAAUCUUACUGACAAAGUUCGAUACCAUUGACGAUAAGGUUGGAGCAGCGUUAUCGAUGGUUUACAUAUCGGGAGCACCGGUUAUGUUCGUGGGUUGUGGCCAGUCUUACACUGACCUGAAGAAGCUCAAUGUCAAAGCCAUAGUCAAGACACUUCUCAAAUGAUCUUCUCAUCACCAUCAUCAUCAUCACUAUCUUCAUCAACCAAACCAUCAUUUCUAUCAAUGUCUUAUCCAUCAUACUUUAUCUUGAGUUUUUGUUAUGGUUUUUGAUGUUGUUUCCUUAAAACUCGAAAAUACUAUUUCGUUGGAGUCGCUACUAUCCCAUCCCAUGUCUUUAUAAUAUGAUGCAACUUCUGUUUUGAACUAAA